ACACACACACACACACACACUCAGACACUGGUCUGAUCUAAUGCGGCUGCAGUGGAUUGAUGUCUCCCCUCAGCUCUGGCUUCGCUCCUUGUGGGUCCAGAUCAGACUGCUUCCUGUUGAGUUCCCACAGAUCCGUUCAGCACACGUCAUCAUUGCUUUGAGUCCACUAACUCCUGCCGUCCAGCUGUUUAGACCUGACGCUGACAUCAGAGGCUCCAGGUCACUCAUUCCUCCACCUUGUGCUGUCAGGGCUGUUUGCUGUUUCAGGCAGUGGAAUGAACUCUGGAGCAGGGAGCCAUGGAUGCAGCCUUCACUGCCGCCUCUCGGACCUCAGGCCCGGUUCCCUGCUGCUGCCAGGACCGGGCCACGCGUACAAAUAGGCCCGGGCAGAACCUUCACAGAACUUUACUGCUGGUCCUUUUUCCUGUACUGUAAUGUGUGUCCAGGUGUAGGUCACCUUAUGCCGAGCCAUAAGAACAGGCAGCUGCUGCAGAUGUGCGAUUUUAUCACGUAUCUAUAGACCGGCUUUAGUUGUCAUCGUAUUUUUGUCAGAUCAGCUGCAGCCACGGUCGGCAUUAACUCAACUAAACGUGUAGUGUGUGUAUAUUUAGAGGUGCACGUGAUCCGCGUUGUUCUUCUCUGGACAACGUUUAACGUUCCACAAUAUCAGUUUACAGAACAGUUUAUUUUAGGAUCAGUGUCAAAGUUAAAGUAAAGCGUCAGAUACGCUGCGUGUGGUCUGUAGGUUAUAACGUGAUCAACGGGACGGGCAGAACCCGGGCUUCAGGGCAGAACGCGCUCCGGAUCGAUUCCCUUUAGAACCAUUAGGAGUCAGCGCUCGCAUUAGGAGGGGACGUGUGUUCAUAAAGCCAAGGUUGAGUGUGAAGGACAGGACACGCUCUCCUCAGACCCGACGCGUGGGCGCUGAGCGUCCGCGGCUGCAGUUCUGCAGCUUUUCCCCGGUUGUCUUCAAAUGUCUCAACACGGGACGUCCUGCUGUCUCCACUGAUGCUCACGUGUGCUGCUGAUCUCGGACCGUGUGUGGAACUGGACCGGAUCCAGUAUGAACAGAUUUGACGGUGUUAGAUCUGACGUGACUCACGUGACUCACUUAACUCAGUGUAUUUAUAGAUACAAAUGUGGAGUUCUACAGAACCCACCAAACCACUGAGCAGCACCACCACUCCUCGUGGUUCCCCGGAUCCCUGUGCUGGACGGGUUCUCGGCUUCUGUAACAGACUGUUUCAUUGGUCCGGGCUGAAGUAGCGCUUGUCUGAUUCUGACCGUGCGAACCAACGUAUGACGUGGCUGAGACGGAACCAGAACCAACAGAGUGCCAGGACUCCUGCAGUGACUGACGGUGCACAGCUGCAGGGGGCGCGUGGUCCAUCAGCGCCGCUGGUUCCGACCUCGGAGCAGAGACACCAUGACUCGCUACUGCAGCCUGUUUCUGCGCCUGCUGUCUAGAGAGAACAAAGCCAAGAAGACGGACGAGCAGGACGCCGGCGCUCGCAGCCGGAGCCGCCCGCUCGAGCCGGAGCUGAAGGGCAUCGUGACGCGCCUCUUCAGCGAGCAGGGCUUCUUCCUGCAGAUGCUGUCGGACGGAACCAUCGGUGGAAACAAGGACGAGAACAGCGACAACACUCUGUUUAACCUCAUCCCGGUGGGUUUGAGGGUGGUGGCCAUCCAGGGAGUGAAGGCUGGACUCUACGUGGCCAUGAAUGCAGAGGGAUUCCUCUACACAUCAGAUGUGUUCACAUCAGAGUGUAAGUUCAAAGAGUCUGUGUUUGAGAACUACUACGUCAUCUACUCAUCCACGCUGUACCGGCAGCACGAGUCAGGCCGGGCCUGGUUUCUGGGCCUCAACAAGGAGGGAACCAUUAUGAAGGGCAACCGAGUGAAGAAAACCAAACCCUGCUCACACUUCGUCCCCAGACCCAUCGAAGUGUGCAUGUAUAAGGAGCCGUCGCUGCACGAGCUGGAGGAGAAGCUGCUGAAGUCCUCGCGGAGCCCAACGAUGAACAGCGAAGAGCGGGCGAGGAGCCUGGAGCGGCAGCGACGGCAGGCGGAGCAGGACGCGUCCACAGACCGGGAGGGGUCAUAGCCUGCAGCGCCCCCUGCAGGAGGAGGAGGAGGAGGCGAACUCCCAUUGUAACACUCCCUCUGCUCGACAACCACACCAACGACGACGGGACGACGGCGAAAACAAAGAAAAAAAUCUCCUUGCUCAUCAGAAAUCUUUUAAUUCUACUGGGGGAGGGGGGAGGGGGAGGGGCUUGUUUGAGGAAAAGUAGGACACUGAUGAUGAUGAUUUACAAUUUAUGCAAAAAGCCCUGCUGAGACGGCACCAGGAGGAGCACAGCUACUCUUCAUCACCACAUCGUAAUCAUCAUCAUUUCUGUCACAAUGCUGACAAAAUGUUGGAGUGGAGCGAGCGCUCCGAACUCUAAAGCUUUAAGCCAUGUAGAAACGUCACCGCCUUUCAUUUAGUGAAUGCAGGAACCUUCACACUUUCCCCACCGCGCUUCUUCUUCCUUUUCUUCAUCUUGUUCUGUCCAAUCAGAAAGAAGAGUUUUGGUUCUGUCUUCCUUAGCUGCCACAUUGUGUGGGUGGUUUGGUUUGUGGGUCGGGGCAUCAAUCCUGAAACGUCCUGCUGCUUUUCCUGCAGGAGAUCGUCCAGGAUCUGGUCUGGUUCUGUCUGGGAUUCAGUCUGAACCCAGGUCAGACUGUGGCUGACCACAGGACAACACUGCAGGUUUCUGUCUGUGUUGACCAACACCAGACGUCAGAAAGACGUCUCUGUGCUGCGUUCAGGGUCUGACCAGAUGAAACCUUCAGUGUUUCCCAGUGUUGGGAAAUUGCAGCAGGAAUCUUGCAUGAGGCUUCUCCAAAGCGAUGCCCCGUGGCUGUUUGUGUGAAUGUGACCCGGACUGAGUCGGGUCGACUCCAUUUAGCAGUUUAAACGUGAACGAUGUCGAGGUGGCGAGAACCUGCAGCCGGAGCAGCCUUAAGGGUGUUCCGUCCUCUACGUCUUCGUCCUUUUAGUCGCUGCAAAGUUUUUCUUUGCCGUUUUCUUCGCGAAUAACAGCACAAACAUUUAAGAGAGUUCACAACGAAGAAAGGAAAUAAAUGUUGGUUUUAGCAGGUUUUCCAUCAUCAGCCCCUUCCUUCAGCAGCACUGCUGUAGUGCAGGUCCCCCAGGACCGGCUGGACGCGGUCCUGGUCCGUCGCCACCUCUGACGGCGCCUUCACGUGUUAUUGUCUGUACAAUCGAAGCAUGUUGAGAAAUAACCAGACCAAUAAUAAAAGUGACGCUCGUCAUUUUGAUGAUCAGCCUUUAAUAAUCAGCCACAGACAUUAGUCACAGCAAAGCCCCAUCAUCUGUAUUAAAUGGUGUGCCAUCUGUGGCCCAUGAUGCGUUCAGGUGUCAGCUGAUGGGAGGGCUUGGUAACACGCUAACACUGCCCUGAAACUGGAGAGCUGUAUCACUCCCUCCUGCCCUGAUCUUCAUCACCACCUUCUGCUCUGUUCAGCUCUGUACCGUGAAGGAACUGGUCGCAGCAGUGAAAGGUCCCCCUGCUGCCGAACGUCUGCGCAGACGCAGACACAGACGCAGACGCGCCUGCGUGCUCUGUGCUCGUGUUUCAGGGCAGGACAGAACAGACGGGUGUAGAACAUCUCUGCCUUUACUCGUCUGGUCUCUGAGUUACUGAUCAGGUUUCCAGAAAUCGCCUUCGCCUCGUGCUGCUGCAUGGCUUCGUGUCAGAUCGUAUGGAAAACUAUUCGUGCCAGAAUCUUUACUUCAAGUGUCUUCAGGAUUUGAAACCUUUGCAUGUUUGUUCUUUGUUUUUGCAGAGCUGUUGUGUGUCAGUGAACUUUUGGAUGUGGCUCCAAGUUUAGUAUUUUUGAUUUUGAUCUCACAUGUUGCUUCUUAAAAACUCACCCGAAGACCGCGAAGUAGAACACAAUUACAAACUCGUGACGUGAGGAAACAAGUCUACGCAGUGAUUAGGUGACUGAUUAGUGUCAGAAUGAGGCCGCGGUGGUUUGUUGCAGUUCUGAUGUUUUCUUCCUCUACGUGUGAGACGUGUGAAGGUGGUUUCUGGAAACCCGUCUCCCAUCAGCUGACGACACUCGCUUCAUUUCUGCAUGUUUCCUCAGCUGAGCUGUGACGCAUGCUGUGAGUGGCAGGGGGCGGGGCCACACAGGCCGACGCCCAUUGGCUGGAUUAUUGUUUGAAUCUUAUGUUUUGUGGGUUAUGUGGACGAUGGGAAAAGGAAGGAUGGACUGAACCAAUCACAAGCCGCCGUACUGCCUCUGAGAAAGUCUUCCAGUUUGGGGUUUUGGGUAGAACCAAUAGGAGUUCUGUGUCCAGUUCUCUGCUGUUACAGAACCAAACCACACAAAGAGAAGGCGGUAGCAGUAGUGUCCUCUCUGACUUCUGUUCUAGAGCUGCUGUAGUUGGAUGAGGAGGCUGUAGAAUCACAACAGAACCAGGCUUUAAGGUCGCAGAUACAGCAUCUCUGCCUUCAUGUCCUCACCAUCAUUUUAACACAGGUUGAGCUCAGCAGGACACGACUAAUAACGGUUCUGACACCACCCGGACCAGAGGGUUUCAACAGGACUGAUGCAUUCUGGGAUGGUGAAACUGUUUGUAUUUCCAGUAAGUGAGCUGAGACGUGGAGGCAGCGGAAGCAGGAGAACUGCUGACAUGAUGAUGUCGUGUCAAAGUGAUGAUGUCAUGUCUGUUGAGUGACAGAGGACUGAAGCCUGAAACGUCUGGAUUUGUCUUUGAGUUUGCUGAUGUUUGCACCUUUUCUGAGACACCUUCAUAUAUUGCAUCAUAUAUUAGAAAAUCCAUUGCAAAUAAAUUGCAGCAGGAUGAAAAGAUGAAUAAAAAACGUGUGAAACAUGA